AUGUCCGCCGCCGUCAGGGAAACCAAGACAGCCAAGUAUCCGACCAAACUGCGCCGGAACUACCCGCGAUCGCGCAACGGCUGCCUGACCUGUCGACAGAGGAAGAAAAAGUGCGACGAGACACGCCCACAAUGCGUGGGGUGUACCCGCAACAAGCUGUCGUGCGUCUGGCCGGCUCGAGCCACGACGGCAGGCAAUGCGGCCAGUGCGGCCAGUGCGGCCAGCAGCAGUUCGGCCAAUAUGCGUACAUCGGCUGGUGAUGUAACCACAAGAGAUGGCGCCUCAUCCAGCUCAACCGGCCAUCCCUGUCCGCUGAUCUCCUCCUCCAAUCUCACCCUCUACCAGCACAAGAGCCGCUGGCAGACCUACCUGCCAUCCCUGGCCACUUGGGAGGGCGUCGAAGGCUGCAGCGUGAAUCUCAACCCCGUCUACGAUGAGGCCGGAUAUCGCCGGGAUGUUGUGUCUGUCGGUCUGGCCACGGCCGCAACACCUACCGCAGCCUCGGCCACCACGUUUGCCACAGACUCGCCCUCUGCCGGCGUCGACGACACCGACAGCGUCCAGCCUAUGUCGUCGAGUAACCACAACACCGAUGUAGACGACUAUGCAACGACGGCAACUACGACAACCGCCGAUGACGACGAAGACGACGUCCACGGCAUGUACGAUGAAGACGCGCCGCCGCAGCACGACGACGAGUACGCCCGCCACCUGGACGGCGACUACGAGGACAACGGUGAUGAUGCCGCGGACGAGGACGAAGACGCUAUCCUGGCCGCCUGGUCUCCCGCUCUGGCCUCGUUUACCGUCGAUGCCGUACCCCCGCCGCGGCCCAAGAAGUCUGCCAUUGCCGCUGUCUACCGACGGCGGCAGCCUUCCCAGCAGCAUGCGUUGCAAAACCAACACCAACAACAAGAACAGCAUUGGCAGCAACGCCGAGCGUUUGCCAACCCUCGCCCGUCCUACCCGAUCCAGCGCCGCCGGGUCGCGGCCAUGACGCCACUGUCUGCCUCCAUGCUGCGCCACUACAUUGUCGAGGCCGCGCCCACCCUGGCGACAUGCCGCGCCGCUCAAAACCCCUACGUGGCCGCUUUUCUCCCGCUUGCUUACACCGACGACCUCGUCAUGCACUGCAUCCUGGCCAUUGGCGGGGCCCAUCUCAGCAACCGUCUCACGAAACCGUGCGCGCCAGAAGGCGGCGGAGGCAGCAAUGGCUCUGGACCAUCAUCCACGGGCAUGGCCGCAGGAUCGACCCUCGCGCCGUACACGGCUCCUGACAUCGCCACGGCCGCCCUUCACGACGCUACCACCCGCCACUACACCUGCGUCCUCCGCAGCCUGCGCUCCGUCCUGCGCAACCUCCAGCCCUCGGACACCACCCAGGUCCUGCGCGUCCUGACAAUCUUGGUCCUGCUGGCCACCUACGAGUGUCUUUCGUGGAACAUUUUGAGUGGUAGCGUCUUUACCCACCUGCGCGCCAGCCGCCAGCUCAUCGGCUGGCUGCGCUCCGACGACCGUCGCACCAGCCUGUCACCCGACGAGCGCAGCAUGCUGGGCUCCCUCCGCGAGAUCUACGCCUACCAGGUCCUCGCCAACCGCAUCUGCCCGGACGGCACGAUCCACGGCCGCUCCGCCGCUGCCGAAGACACGACAACCCACGACGACGAGGACUUCGUCGCCGACCCCUCGCUUCUGCAGGAUCAGGAGUGUUUCGGUCUUCUGCUUUCGGGCCUGCAUGGACUGUUUGCCCUGAUUCCCCCCGUCAGCCGUCUGGCCGCUGCCGCCAUCCGUCCACAGCCAUCCGGGACGACCGCCGCACGGCCUCCUGCCUCGGCGUCGCCAUCAACAAGCACUCUGGGCAGUUUGUUUGCCGAUGCGGCUGCUGCCACAGCCGGCAGUACCUCCUCCUCCUCCUCCUCCUCCUCCUCCUCGGCCAUUGCUGCCCAGGUCGCCUCUCUCCGCAACCGCGCCCUCGCCUGGCAGCUGCCCGCCCCCUUCUUGGCCCGGGCCACCGGCGACCAGGAGCGCAUCUGGCAGCGCGCCAUCGGCGAGGUCUACCGCCACAGUCUGCUGAUCUACCUGGAGACCAUCCAGGUGCCAGGCGAGCACGGCGAGGGGCCCACCUCCGGCCCCAGCGUCGCCGCCUUGCAGCGCCACAUCCACGCCCUUGGCGAGGCCGUCCUCGGCGCCGAUCUCGUCGCGUCGCGCUUUGCUACCAUUUUGCUGUGGCCGCUGCUCAUUGCCGGCUCCAUCUUAGUCCACCCGGACGAGCGCGUCUUCUUGGCCGAGGGCCUGCGCGCCUCACCGCAGGCCACGUGGUCGUCGAUUCGCGCGGCCGAAGUGCUCGAGCAGCUAUGGGCCCGUCGCGACAGCGUGCUCCAGGCGCGUGCUCUGGCGUCGUCCCGCGCCGCAGACACGGCCACCAACACGUCUUAUGGCGUCAGCAGCAUGCCGUACUAUGGGCCGCAUGGAAUUGCCCAGAUCAUGCGCGAGAUCAAUGUGAAUUUGUGUGUUGGCUGA